AUGGCACAUUCUAUAGAUAUUGAAGUAGACGUUAAUGGAGAACACAUUUUCAUUAUUGAUAAGAGAAUUCUUGCUUCUUAUUCGAAUCGAGUAAGCGAAUUAUCCACAAAACUCACCGGCUACACAAAACUGAAAUUCAACGAUUUCCCAGGUGGCGCAGAGAGUUUCGAGCUUAUUACAAGAUUCUGCUACAACAAUGGCAGCAUCCUAAUAACUCCAUCCAACAUAUUCUUGCUUCACUGUGGUUGUACUUUCAUGGAAAUCCCUAUCUUGAUCACGCAAACCGAGUUGUACCUUGAAGGCAUCCAUUACUUGACAUGGUCUGAAUUCAUAAACGGUUUAAAACAAUGCCAGAUUCUAUUUUCUACCAUGAGCACCCAUCCAUGUUUUCAAGAAUUCUUGAAUACCCUUCUUGGAAAUCUCUCUCUUCCUAGUUCAUAUCCUUCAUCAAACAGCUCUAGUUUUCGGUUUUCUUCAAGCGAUACGACUCCAAAAAGUUCAAGAUCCGAAACCCUUUUAGAUUGUUGGAAGUUUGAUGAUCUUACUUUCUUGGAAAUCGAUUUAUUUGAAAAAGUAAUAAAAUCCAUGAUUCUUUUACACUUUGAGCACCCUAGAAUUUGUUCAUUCAUCCUCCAUUACCAGAAAUCUAAAUUCUUUUUAUGUUCUUCCAGACGUCAAAAGUGUAAACUCUUAGAAACGACCAUUAAUCUAUUGAGUUCGCUUAAUGAGAGCUCGUUUUCUUGUCGAGAAUUACUAGAUGUUUAUGGAACGAGCUUGAUUUUGAAUAUGAAAACACCCGAAAGAUUAAAGUUGGAAACUUUUCUUGGAUCGCGUUUAGAUGAGUUUAGAAUAGAUGAUUUACUUGUUCGUGGGAAGAAAAAGCAAGCGUUCGAUGUCGACUUGACUUUGAGAUUGAUCAAAGUUUUUCUACUCGAAAGAAGGAUUUUUGGGUUCUUUCCACAUCGUGCAAAGAAAGUGGGGUUUUUGGUGGAUUUGUUCAUGAUAGAGGUGGCUGUUGAUCCUUUCCUUAAACCAUCAAAGUUUAUAGCAUUAGGCAUGGCAUUGCCAGAUUUUUCAAGAGAAUCUCAUGACAGAAUCUACCAUGCAAUCGAUUUGUACCUUCAGGUGCAUCGAGAUUUCAGUGAAGAUCAAUGUUCGAAGAUUUGGAGUAUCCUUGACUUCAGCAAAGUCUCAACGCUGACAAGUGGAUUUCUCCUUGUAAGAAACACGAAUUUCUUACCAUUUCAGAAGCAAAAUAAGUUCAAGACUUCAUUGUUUCAUGACUUUGUGUUUCACAAAUUUCCUCAAUACGUCAAAAAUACAAAUAAAAAGGAGAAACCAAGGGCAAAAGGUGUACUACAUGCACGUAGGUUUACGCAAAAGAGAUCAAAAAUUAUCGAUCCAUGCAAUGUUAAAUCCUUACCGCGACUCUGUCAUUAG